UUGUUCAGUGACAUCACAAGCCUGACUUUGAGGGAAAAAACGCUCUUGCAAAGGCAAUGCCUGCACUGCAUAUAUAUAUAUAUAGAGAGAGAGAUGUAAAUCGCACAGGCAGGGGUCGGCUGCACGCUCGGCCCUUGGGCAGCAGCGACGAUGCACCCGGGACGGACGGACGGACGGACGGACAGAGGGGGAGGUGUGACCUGAGGGUUUGUACUUUGACCUUGUCUCGGAGGCAGUUAUGGGCUUGUGCCCGCCCGGAUCUGCCCCACCUCCCUUCCCAGAAGCCAUAAAGCACGAAGGGAAAGGGAAUUUUGCUCUCGGUUUCAGGUCCCUUGUGGGGCUGCGCUGUUGUCUCCCCCUUCCCAGCCCCACGGCGGGGGGCAGGAGCGCAGCACCGCAGCCCACCCCCGCCAGGAGCGAUGGCUGCCUGCACCCCAGCAGGCAGGGCUGUGAAAGCGGAUGGGAAGGUGCUGGUUUCCUCACGCCCCUGCCUCCCUCGCGUCACCUCUGCCCUGGCUCGUGCUGUGAUUUUCUCCUGUGCCUUUCUCGUCCCUGAGCUGGAGGGCGCCCAGUUCAGGGUCUUGGGACCCGACCAGCCGGUCACUGCCGUCGUGGGAGAAGACGUCGUGCUGCCUUGCCGCCUCUCCCCGAGGCUGAACGCUGAGAACAUGGAGGUCCUGUGGUUUUGGUCAACACUCCCAAUGUACAUCCAUGUCUACCGCAAUGGGCAGGACGACUACUCCUUGCAGAAUCCCCAAUACCGGGGGAGGACAGAGCUGUCAAAGGAGGGCCUCUCUGUUGGGAACGUUUCCUUGAGGAUCCUCAGCACCCGGCUGAGCGAUGAGGGACAGUACCGGUGUCUCGUCCAAGAUGGGGAUUCUUAUGAAGAAGCCUCUGUGGAGCUGCAGGUAGCAGCUUCAGGUUCCAGCCCCCUCCUCUCCGUGGAGGAUGCCCAGGAUGGGGGAGUGCGAGUGAGGUGUCGAGCGACCGGCUGGUACCCAAAGCCUGAGAUGGUGUGGAGAGAUGUCCAGGGCCAGCAGCUCCCGCCCGUCACCCAGUCCGACUCCCAAGACCAGAGCGGCCUCUUUGAAGUGGAGAAGUCCAUCGUCAUCCAAAGAAACGCAGAACAAAACGUGUCCUGUUCCGUCAGGAACACGCGGCUUCCCCAGGAGAAGGAGGCGCCCAUUUAUAUCUCAGACUCCAUUUUCCCAAAGGAAUAUCCCUGGAAGGUGGCUUUCUUCGUGACCCUGGCUGCCUGCUUCGCUUCCCUGGUUGCCUUCCCUCUUUUCAUCUCACGGCUACGAGCCCAACAAGCCACACAACUUGCCCAACAAGCCACACAACUUGCCCAACAAGCCACACAACUUGGGAAACGCGAUGCCGAAAUCCAGAAACAUGUCUCGGAGCUGCGGUGGAGGAAGACCUUUGUGCCGGUGGAAGAAGUGCACGUCACGCUGGACGCGGACACGGCGCACCCAGAGCUCAUCCUCUCGGAUGGUGGGAAGAGCGUACGGUGGGGAGACACGCGGCAAGAGGUGCCAGAUAACCCCGAGAGAUACGACACCUACCCCUGCGUCCUGGGCCAGGAGGGAUUCACCUCCGGGAGAUACUUCUGGGAUGUGGAUGUGGGGGUGGAGGAAGGAGGGCUCUGGGCAUUGGGGGUGGCCAAGGAGUCCACGGAGAGGAAGGGAUGGAUCAAGCUGGAUCCUCGAAACGGGAUCUGGGCUAUUGAUCACUGGAAGGGAGAGUAUCGGGCUCUGACCUCCCCAUACAGUACAUUUCUCAGCCUCACAAAGAGACCCCGGACAAUUCGGGUUUACCUGGACACUGAGGCACAGAAGGUAGCCUUCUUCAACGCUGACAACCAAGACCUGCUCUACACCUUCCCAAUGGGCCCCUUGAGUGGGGAGAGGAUCCGUCCCUGGUUCCGCGUGGGCCUGUCCGCCCAACUCACCCUGAGGUCACCUCCUUCGCCCCCACGCGUCCCCAGCGAGGAGGAGCCUCUGCUCCCUUCCUGCAUCCCCCUGCCGACCCUCCCCACGGGACGACGGGCCCCGCGCACGCCGACAGCAGGACAUGACCAAGACGGGGAAAUCCAUGCUGCUGUCCACGAGCAGCCAUGAUCAAUGCCCAAGGCUCUGCCGGCUGCGUCGUGCCACCAGGGCGCCCCGAGACUCUCCCAGGGAAGCCAUGGCGGCCCCCCCACCUGAGCAGAGCUAUCCCCGCUCCUGCUGGAGCCUGCGACAAGAUGUAGCCGUGGCUAAGGCACAUUCGCCUCUCCUAAGGUGAUGUCUCCAAGCAAGGCGCUUCCGCUGAGACGCCCUUGUGCUUCUGCUACGGGCAGAGUCCGACCCAACCAGGCUGUUGGGACCCGAGGGCGUCAGAACCCCCCUGAGAUAGGGAAGAGAAACCCCCCAGUGCCAGAACCGAGAUGAGAGUCUGGGGAGAAGGAGCCGCACAUCUCCACCCUCUUCCUCUCUACUUCACCUCCAGCCCCCAAAGCCUCAUCAAACGGGGCCAGUUGAAGGGCUGGGGGUGGUCUCUGGCCAGGCGCUCAGUUCCUGACACCUACCACCUCCCCACGCAUUCCAAUGUACUCAUAAAAUAGGCUUUUCCUAUAAAAAUUCUCUCCUUGA